AUGCCAGCAAAGCACAGAGCGGCUCAAGAGCAUGAUGAAGAAGAUAUGAUGCACGAUGGUGACAUGUCAACAUCUUACCAGAAGUACUUUAAUCCCAAUUAUUCCGCAGAGUUUAUGAAUAAGCUUCCUGAGCGUAUCCGUGAACGUGCACAAGUACUUAUGCACUACCAUGAGGAAUAUGAAAAGCUCCAUAAAAACUUUGAAGAAAAGGAAAUGGAGUUACGCCGCAAGUACGAUGAACUUUAUGUGCCACUAUACGAACGUCGUAAGGAAAUAGUUACUGGCGCCAGUGAGCCUACUGAGGAAGAAAUUAAAAAGGGCUUCCCCAGUGAGCAUGAAGGUAAAGUUGAUAUUGUUACUACAGAAAAGGAUACAGUAAAGGGCCUUCCAGGAUUCUGGCUUCGUGUUUUGGAACACCACUUACUUUCUGCUUCCUUGAUUGAAGAACACGAUAAGGAUCUUCUUAAGCAUUUGACCGAUAUUCGCUCUGGUGUGGUGGAAGGAGGAUAUGGAAGCUUUGCUGUCGUCUUUGUUUUUGAACCUAAUGAGUUCAUUGAAGAAGAGUCGCUGAUGCUGGGUCUUGUGCAGAAGGAUGAGGGUGUAAGCAUUGUCCGCUCCCCACUCACGUGGAAGGAAGGGAAAAAUCUGACAGUAGAGAAAGUCACAAAGAAGGUUGGUGGAAAACGUGGAAAGGGAGCCAAGACGACGACUGUAACUGUUUCUCGUCCCUCCUUCUUUAACAUCUUUGUCGAGAAGAAGAAUGAAGACAAUGAUGAUGAAGAUGAUGAGGAAGAUGAUGAGGAGGAAGAUGACGAUGAACAGAUUGAGCAACUGCUUCAACUGUUGCACACCAGCAUUAUUCCUUGUGCUGUGAACUGCUAUACCGGCGAAGCCCCCGAUGGUGACAGUGAUAUUGACAUGGAUGAAGAAGACGAUGAGGAGGACGACGAUGAGGAAGAUGACAUCGAUAUGGAUGACGACGACGAGGAGGAAGAUGACGAUGAACAGAUUGAGCAACUGCUUCAACUGUUGCACACCAGCAUUAUUCCUUGUGCUGUGAACUGCUAUACCGGCGAAGCCCCCGAUGGUGACAGUGAUAUUGACAUGGAUGAAGAAGACGAUGAGGAGGACGACGAUGAGGAUGAGGAUGAGGAUGAAGAUGACAGACGCAAACCUGCACACAGAGGUCGUGGAGGACCGGUAGGCCGAGGUGGGGCUUCCAACUCUCGCGGACAACAACAGGAGUGCAAACAGCAGUAA